GUCGAGGCAUGGACUCCACAAGACCUGUGUCCUGUGGUAUCUGGCACCAAGACGUAGCGGAUCCUUUAAGUCCUGUAACUUGCGAGGUGGGGCCUACAUGGAUCGGACUUGUUUAUCCAGCACAUCCCACGGAUUGAGAUCGGGGGAAUUUUAAGACCAAGUCAACACCCUGAACCAUGUUCCUCAAACCAUUCCUGAACAAUUUUUGCAGUGUGGAAGGGCACAUUAUCCUGUUGAAAGAGGCGACUGCCAUGAGGGAAUACCGCUGCCAUGAAGGGGUGUACUUGGUCUGCAGCAAUGUUUUGGCUGAUGUUCUUCCAUUGAAGGAAAUGGCUUCAAAUCCACCUGGACAAGGUUUCCAAAAGAACCGAGUGGCUAUUCUGGCUGAACUGGAUAAAGAGAAGAGGCGUCUGAUACAGAACCAGACAAUGAACAACCCAGGAGCGAGUAUCCCUCUCUCGAGGCCGGCCCUGAAUAAGGACUUCAGAGACCAUGCAGAGCAACAGCACAUCGCUGCCCAGCAGAAAGCAGCACUACAGCAUGCACACGCACAUUCCUCUGGCUUCUUCAUUACCCAGGAUUCCUCCUUCGGAAACCUCAUACUUCCUGUUUUGCCACGAUUGGAGCCAGAAUAAUGGAGUUCAGCUGAGAAAAGCUGCUGAGUGGGAACAUUUACACGUUACUGCACUUCAUUUUACAUUUUUUCAACCCACUGGCCGUUUCCUGGGCUUUCCGAAAAUAGGAUGUCAAAAUUGAGUCUCUCUCCUGUUGGUUCUGAUCUUACUUUUUUUUUUCUUCUUCCGUUUUUGCAUUUUAAUAAUAAAAUGAAAAAAUUGCAUUUUCA